CCGUUGCCGUGGUGACGCUCCCGCGGUAGCAGCGCGCUGCGGGGCUCUCGUCCUGGAGCUCCCGACCGUCCGCUGUUGGCGGAUGCGGAAUUUCAGGGCAGAGGGGCUGCCGGUCUCCAGAGGCUGCCAGAAAAGCGGAGGCGCCGUGAGGAGCUUGAGUGCACGACAGGUGAGUUGGAUAAGACUCUGUGGGAAGUAGAAUGUCGGAAGAAGGAAUUGAAAAAGAAGUAGAAAUUGAAUUAGGCAGAAUCAGUGUUUCUUCGUUUGGAACGGAUGACCCUGACACAGAGGUAUCAGAGGGACCCUUGAGUGACAGUGAGACAAUUUCAGGUGACUUACCUGAAUCAGUUCUCUCCUAUUUAAACUUUAUCAAGAGCCGCAAUCAAGAUGCUGAAAAGCUUAUACUGCAGGACUUAGGAGAUGAGCAGAAUACAAGUGACAUUUAUGAAGUAGCCUCUUGCCAUCCUUCUGAACCAAAUCAAGAUUCAAAACAAUUUAAUGAAAAGAUACUGCUUGAAGUUGAAAAUGAAGACUUGCAGCUUGCUACAACACCUGAUUAUAGUCAGUCCAUCAGUGAUGAAGUGGUCACUGAUGACCAUUUUCUUACAGCUGGUCUUGAAAUGAGCAUAAGUCUUGCCCAUUGUGAAACAGAAGAGUGUAGACCAGCACUUGAGCUUGAAGAUGAGAUGAUGAAAAAAUGGAAAACUGAGAGAGAAUCACGGGAAAAACAGAGUGAAGAGGAACAUGCAAGACAAGUGCAGCAUCUGGAGCAAUUUGAGGCUGAAAGAAUAAAGUUAAAUCUUCUUCAUAAGAAACGCCAGGCUGCAAUAGAAGAUGAGUUACAGAAAGAAGAGGAAGUUUGGAGAGACAAAAUGAGGCAGCAUGAGGAAUCGAUCAUGAAGCUACGGUUGCAAAUGGAAGAGGAAAGAAAGGCCUUGGAAGAACAGAAAGCAAAAGAAAGACAACAACUGGCUGAACAACAGAAUAUAGCAGCUGUGAAAAUCCAAGCUAGAUUUAGAGCAUUUUUAGUCCGUAAAAAAUAUGCUCCCAUUUUAAAACAAUGGAAAUAUGAAAUGAGAAAGAAACAAAAAAUACUAGAGGAAAUAGAGAUGGAAAUGAAAGGAAGAGAAGAAAAACUGAAUAGGCGAAUGGAGGAAAACAGGUUAAAGAGAGAAGAGGAAAGAAAGAGACAAGAAGAACUUGCAAGACAAGAAUAUUUGAAACAGGUGAAGAGGCACGAGGAAUAUGAGAAAAAGAAAGAAAGCCUGAGAUUGGAAAGAAAAAAACAACUGCAAAUGAGAAGAGAAGAACAAAGACAGUUAGAACAAAAAAGAGCAGAAGCUGUGAUGGGAGAAAAUGUAGAAAAAACCAUAGAAAACAUAAAAAAGGAUAAUAAGACAGAAAAUAUGAAAGUAAUAAGAGAAGAGAAUGAGGAACAAAAUAAACAAUUAGAGGAAUCAAAAGAAAAACAUGCUGAAAUGAUGGAUGAAACAAAUAAUAUGAUGAUUCCAGCAGAAAGGAAUUUGACACCAAGUGUGCUAGGCUCUGAGAAGGAACACUCUUCUCUAGUGAAUAAUGAGAACUUAUGCAUUAAUUCAGUAAUACAAGUAGAAGAAAAGUACUCAGAAACAAAUUAUUUUGAUAAAGCUUCAAAUGGUCAUAUUCCAAAGGAUGAAUCUCUUAACUUUGGUGCUAAUGACAUGGUAGAAAAUAAGGCAAACCACAUAUGCAACAGCCCACCAAAUGUCCAGCCAAAUGCUAGUAACAGAGAAAUUAAAGAUCAAUUUUCUCAGUAUGAAACUAUGAAGAAAACUGUAUUUCUGAUGGAAAAUGCUACUGAAGAAGUCAGAGACACCUGGAACAGUAGUCAAGAUAAAACAGAUUCUUCUAGUAAAGUAAUUUUUCCUGGUGAUAUUGAAAAGAAGAGAAUAAACUGGAUGAACACAUGCAAAUCUUGGUCUAAAAUAUAUGAAGAAAACCAAAGAAAGCAAACAACUAUAAGAAAAUUACUAAGGAAAAGUUCAGUUAGGAAGAUGCCUCCACUAAGUACAGAAAAGAUAAUUCAUAGUGGCCCUUGGAGUACCUUGCAACAGGUCACAAUGCUAACGCUUGAAGAUUUGCCAGCUUGUAGCCUCUCAACCUUAUCUGAGUGUUCAAAUAUUCAAGUUUUGACUCUGAGGCGCUGUGGACUGGUUGCACUGGAAGGACUAAGUAGCUGCAAAGACCUGAAGUAUAUCAAUGUGGAGGAGAACAACAUUCAGGUAAUUGACUGUGCAAAUCUGGAAAAUCUCUGUAUUCUCAUUCUGAAUAAGAACCGUCUUUCAUCAGUUUGUGGCUUAGAUGGAUGCAAAAAUCUCCAAAAUCUUGAACUUUCCUACAAUAGAAUCACUCGAAUUGGUGGUUUGGAGUCACUGAAAAAUCUUCAACGAUUAAUUGUGGACCAUAAUCAGUUAAUCAGCACAAAAGGUCUUUGUGAGGCCCCUACUCUCAUUCACCUAGACUGCUCUUACAAUCAUCUCACACAAGUUGAAGGCAUUGAGAAUUGUGGCCUUCUUCAAGUUCUGAAGUUGCAAGGCAAUAAUCUCCAGGAGCUUCCAAGACUGGAAAAUCAUGUUCUCUUAAGAGAACUAUAUUUGGAUGACAAUAGCAUUUCUUCUAUGAGAAUGUUUUCUUUGUAUUGGCUGCCUCUAUUGCAGAUUCUUUUGCUGUCUCAAAAUAGAUUAACUGACCUUGUGCCUUUAAAUUCAUUUUUAUUCUUGGAAAAGAUAGAUAUCAAAAAUAACUGCUUGUCAGAUCUUAAAGAUGUUCGUAGAUGGUUUAGUGGCUGCCAUAAACUAAAGGAGUUGUCAUUGAUUGGGAAUCCUCUUCUCCAAGAAAAGAACUGGAGGUCUUCCAUGUUGGAGGUCCUUCCUAAUUUACAGUUACUUGAUGGUGAAAUCUUAACCCAUCAUACUUUACCCACAACUGAAAAAAUCAAAGCAUCAGAAUUAGGAACUUUUCUGGAAAUUUGUCGAAUUCAAAUUGAAGAAAAUAUUCAACUGAAAAAAAAGGCUGCUGAAUUGGAAUUUGCCUCUUCUAUUGAUUCUGCACUGGGACAAUGCUGGUAUUUCAAUCAGCUGAUGAAACUUAGUAUUAGACAUCGAUAUAUACAUGAGUACGGUGAACUACACAUUACUGACAGAGAUGGACCAGAAGCACUUCAAAAUCAUUUAAAGCAAACAUCCACUGGCUGCCUCCAGGAACAUAACCCCUUUAUCAUGGGUGUGACAGAAAAUAAACAGGUCUUGCUGGAUCCUUCCAAAAGAUGGAUUACUACUGGUGAUAUUCAGGCCACAUUCAUUAACUCCUCCAUACCUGUGCACCAGAAGGAAAGUAGAGGAGAUCAGAGAGUGAAGCAGAAGAGCACUGAAUCUUGUAUUAAUUUCAGUGGGGAGAGCAAAGACAACAAAAACAUGUCAGGCCAACCCACAUUGCAACAGUCAGUGAUAGUUGCAAGUGAUGUGGGAAGAAAUCUCCAGCACUUGGAGAAUGAUACAGAGAGACUACAUAUGGCAGCAUCCUUGAUCCAGUCCUUUUGGCGGCAGUACCAUCCUCAGAGGAAAAAUGACUGCAAUAAAACAGAGAAUCAUCAGUUUGUAGAAGCUUUGAGACAGAAACAUGAAGCUGCCACAGUAAUCCAGGCAUUUUGGAAGGGUUUUCUUUUGCGAAAGAAACUGGCCAGUGCUCUUGCAGAUGUUAAAAGUGAUGAAGUGGAAGACGAAUAUGAAGAAAUAAAUGUGGAUGCUUUCACAUUUUCUGAAGCUGCGUUAGAGAAGGAAUGGCUAACUCUGGAUUCCACCCGUUUCCCUUCAAAAACACUCCUGCUCUCAAACCAGCUCCACUGGCCAAAGAAGUUUUCUAGGCCUUCAGAUGCCAGUGGGCAAUCAAAUAGUUUGCCACUAGUACCACAGGAAGUUUGGCAGUGUGCUAGGAGACCACAUUCAUACUCAGCAGAAAAAAUCCAUUUCUAUAGCAGGUCAGGGAAGGAAACAAUGUCACAGCUUUCUAAUUGGAAAGAAAAAAAUGAAUUUUUAUUUAUGUCUGAAAAAGAAGAAAAAAUAUCAGAAGAAUGGGGGUUUAAGGAUAUUUCUACUGCACAGCUAAUGCUGAAGAGGGCCCACAGAAUGAAACCUAAAAAAGAUAAUAAUAAAAGUUUAGACCCAGCUGUGCGCCUGGCUUUGUUCAAAAACAAUGAAAAUAAACAUCUCUCUGUGAAACCACCAGGGAAGACACGGCCUAUAAAUGCUGGAUACUUUGAAGGUAAAAGAAUUUCUCAGGUGGAUACUUCUUCAGAUGAGAAAUUACAGAGAAAAGACUUCACAUACCAAUGGCUUUGUGCACAGCUUUUGGAUUAUGAAGCAACCUGUUCCAGAGAUACGAAGAGCUGUCGUUUUUUGCCCGAGUUAAAUCCUGCAACAUGCAACAAUAGACAAGUACAGCUUGUGGCAAGCCCUGUAAGCAGAGAAGACAUGGAUUUAGACCUUGUUUCCAUGGCUGGUGGAAAUGCUUUGACUGAGAACAGAGAAAAAAAUAAGCCACCACACAGACAGUCAGCAACAUCCUCAAAAAAGAAUAUCUCUACUCCAGAAAAAUCAUGUUUGGGUCCAUCUCAUAGAGAACGGAUAUCAUUUCGAGACCAUGCAGUGCAGCUAAGUGGAGGAUGGGGAGCAGGCAAAAAAAGGCAAAAGCCUAAAAAUAUUAGCUGAAUAUUGGAGAUAAUUUAACUAGUUGAUUUAAUCAAACAUGGAGAGCAUGUGAAAAGCUGUUUAUUUUUAAGCAUCUGAAUAUCAAUUGUUGGAUUUUCAUUUAUUAGCAAUAAACCACUUUCAGUUAAAUACUUUUGACUUAUUUUAUUAUACAUGGUUACAGUGGUUUGGGUUUUGUGGGAUUUUUUGGUCAAAGUAUUUUAUACCUGUCAGUAAGUUAUCAUAGUUUGUGUUUUCAAUUGCUUAUAUGUUCAUAUGGUAUAGGAUGCAGAACUGAUUAAUUCUACAAGGUCAUUGUACAGUGACUAAGUUUAGGCUUACUUAUAAGAACUGGAUGAGAAGUCCAAAGUAAUAAGGGUUCAUAUUCGUGUGAUGUAUGUCACAUAUUGAAACACUGAAUUCUUGUUUUCUCACGAGAAAAUAAAAAUAAAAUAAAAACAAAAUACAUGCUUGCAAAGUGUAUUGUGAGCUAUAGCAGCCAUUCUUUAAAAAGUCUGUGUAGAAUAUUUUACUGAACCAGUAUACAAAUGAUGAGCAUGCACUUUCUUUUAUUAGGAAUAUGAGUAGUCCUCUAGAUCUUUCAUCAUAAAUUAUUGCCAUAGUAUGAGAAAGCAACCUGUUAUGGGUUUAUGUUUUCAAGUACUUCUGUUUCCUAGAGGAUUAAAAAACAAACAAAAAAAGGUUCUCAUUUUGUUCUGGGAUAAUGUAAAAUUAGAUCUAUAUGUCACUGUUAACCCAACUUAAUUGUUUCACAUAGACAGGCUCCUUCAGACUCAUGUGUAAAUGUUUUGUGGUUCAAGGAAAUUUAGAGAAAAAGAAAUACUGUUUCAACUGUUCAUGAGUAUCUAAGUCAUUACUUCUGGUCAAUGCUUUGUCUAUCAGCAUACAGGACAGAAAAUGUUCUGUGAUUUCAAAGCCUGACAUUAUUUUAAUACUUUCGACUUUGGGGGUAUAAGUUGCUAACUGGAUCUAGAAAAAGGCUGUCUUUGGUAUUUCCUUGUCUGUUUCCAUAAGCCGCAAUCCCCUGCAGAUGGAGAGAGAGGUGGAAAAGGUAAUGGGGCUUAAAACUUCAGUCAGUAAAGAACAUAAAUUCUUGCAUUGUGGCUGCUUUUAAAAUGUACUUAAAUUAGCAUGUGAUAUUAUUUUGUAAAGUGCUUUUUAUGCUAAUGUACAUAUCUUAACUAUGGGUUAAAAACAUUUAUCUCCAUUUUUGUGAAUACUUGCAUUCAUUUUCAGAUAAAAAGAUGGCUAGUCUUAUGGAAAACCUCCAGUGAAUAAUUUUAGUUGUUGGAACCACUGUCCUGUUCUUAUUAUCACUUUGCUUUUGGAAAGUCAGUGCACCCUAUCUGAGAAAAGAUUUCUUUGCCUUUCUGGGGAAUUAUGGCCAGGUUGCCUAACCUGACUAUAGAAAUGCUGUGGUUGUCAACAGGGUAUAAAAUGUCACUAGAUGUUUAUCUUACCUAUGUAUCCUACCUAAAUGUACAAAAUUAGUGUUCAGCUUGAUUUCAGGAUCUUCAACAUAAUGACUUUUAAAUGUCACCAACAAAUAUUGGAGCUUUUGUGAUUUUGAUUUUAAAAUAAAUGUUAUAAGUUUUGUAGGAAAAGCUUUGUUAUUUCAAAAUGUCUGCUGCUACACCUGGCAGUGGGUGUAGCCACUGUUACAAGUAUUAACUAGAAAUCAAAAUACAAAAUCAAGAGGUUCAUAGCUUAACACUUCUUACAGAUUGUCCCCUCAAUUUGUCUAUAGUAUACUUCAUAUACUUCACGUCACCAAAGCUGUAAAUACGGCAUAUUUCAGAUUUUAUGCUUCUUUUUAUCUGUAUCAUCUAUAUCUCUAUCGACAUCUAUAUCGAAAAAAAUAUCUGUGUAAAAACUAUCAUACCUAAUCUCUUUGUUUUCAGGGUGUUUCUGAAUGAGAAAUAUCUCCCAGCCUAAAUAAAAUGGUUUGGCAACAUUUUUGAGGCCUUUUAUUUUGCAAAGAUAAAUGGCAGCUUUUUAAUGUACAGUUUACUAAAUUAUAAAUUGGAGUGACAAUAUUCACUGACAAUUCUUUUAGGUUCAUAAUAUGCUUAGUCUACAUAAGUUAAGUGAUAAACCUAACAUAAAUUAAGGUAUAAAAUAUGCCAAAACUGGUUGCUGUUUUCAUUAUAUAACACUGCAAUGCGUAAUAAGAUGAGGUCUUAUUGUACCCAACGCAUUUUUCUCAGAAUCACAGUGUUCAAAGUACAAUAUGUCUGACCAAAUACAGAAAAACGUGCAAGGUGCAACUUCUAUUCAAACUAGCAGAAAGACUUUCUUGCAUUCAGAAAUAAGAUGAAGCAACCAACAUGCCUUGGUGUUCAUAGUCAUGUCUUAGGGUACGUAAGGUAAGGUCAGAGGUAAACACAGAUGAUACACGUGGUGGAUAUUUAUGACAUGAACUUUUCAAGCUCUACUCUGCAAGUUUUGUGGAGGUUUUCUGUCUUUUGGGGAUUUUAUUUUAGUUUGCUCUUUUUUUUUGUUUUGUUUUGGUUUUUUUGUUUUGUUUUGUUUUUAUUUUGUUUUGGUUUGGUUUUUUGGGGUUUUUCCUACUUUUCUUUGUCCCCUCCACACUUACCCCCUGAUGCAGUAAUUCCCAUGUAGGACAAGAACACAUUCUUAAAAGUAACUUUCUCUGUUAAUCUGUUCUGAUAUUGGAGUGGCAGUGAGUCAGUGACAAUUCAGCAUAAUUUACAUCACAGAACUCUGAAACUGCGUUUCUGGAUGCGCUACUGCCUUAGCAGUGCUUGAGACUUCUUCCAGGCUUGCUAGCAUCAUCUCCUCGACCCUUUUUUUUCUGUUCCCUGAAGAUCAUUUAACAUGAAGGAGGAGGGACUGCGUAUGAAUGAGCUCUUUUAAAAAAAAAUCUUCCUUGUGUGUAUGAAGCUUGAGACUCAGGAAUGUAGAAAAGCAUUCAUUUGAAACAAAGAAGAAAACAGCAAGGUGCAUUUGUGCGUUGAACGGUUUAUGGGUGUUCCUCGCCAAAGCAAAUUGAAAAGCUUUCUGCGAGCUCUUCUGAACAGAACCCUGGACUGUCUUUUUCUGUGCAACGUACCUGGAGGUGUGCUCAGUGGUUCUUUAAAUCCCCUGUUGUUUCAACCGCGCCAUGGGGAAAAACACCUGCAGCAACAGGAAAAAAAGAAAAAACAAACAAACAAAAAAAGCUCGCCAAAAGGCAUAGUCUGCAUGUUAACGAGGUGCUAAUGUCAGAUCACCCACACCUGAAUGACUAAAAUGUGAGGAAAUGUUUCUCACUGCAUAAAGGGGAGAUUUACCUUCUUCAGACACAGUACCCAUGCUGACCUAAGAGACAAUUGCUCAAAGGCAUUUUGUGUUUUAACAGAUAUGUAAAUAGCCAAUGUAUCGCACAGACUUUGCUUUGGUGCGGGAUGAGUAGGUGUUGCAUUUUGACUUAGUAAAUCAUUAUCUUUAAUUACUAAUAAUCCUAUUAUUCAAACAUGCAUCAUUAAAGGAGUGUCCACUGUACAUAGUGUUUACAUUUUUAAAAGCUUGCCACAGAUGACAUCCAAAUCUGGCCUCAGACACAUGGCUACGAAACUGUCUCUUGGUCUUCCAUUACAGUUGUUAAAAGCACUAUGAGGAAUGUAUUGGAUUAAUAUCUCUUUGAUUUUAAUUUUGGAUUCUUAUGAUAAUGGCAAUGUAUGUUUGUGAAGGUACAGUCUUUCCAUGAUACAUACUGCAGUUCCUUGUAUUAGCAUUCAUGGAAGCCAGACUAAUAUUCUGGGAUACUGUGCAAUCUUAAUAUGCUUUUCUUUUGUCAAAAAAUACAUAUGAAAAGUAGCUAUUACCACAUGGCCCCAAAAAAGCAGGAAUAAGACUCUUAAUUAUAUUAUUAUAAAAGAUUGAAUUGCCUGAUGUUACAUUUGAGUUCCAAACAGUUUGUCCUUAGCUGUACUAGCUGAACAAAAAAACCAAAGAAAUAAAUCAUCCACCCCCAGCAACUCGGGGUUUUAAUGUUUUGUUUAUUUCCUUCUGCAGUCGUAAGUGAAAAGCUAAUUAACUAUUAUAGCAGUUGUGAAAUAGCUGUGUUUGAAUAUUAAUCUGUGUCAGCCACUGCAGUUCUUGGAGCCUGUGUGAGAAAUGUGUAUCUAUACAUUCAUAUACACUUUCAUAUAUACAUAUGUAUAUACUUUCAUAUAUCUAUAUCUACAUAGAUAAGAGGUUAGGAUGUCAGCUGGUCACGGAUGUAGAUGUGGGUCAAUAGGAAUGGGACACCUCUCUUCUCACACAAAGUCAGAAAAAUAUGCGAAAUGUAGGGAAGGAGACGGGUAUGGCCUGCAAGUGACAGUAUACAUACAGUAAAGUAGGGUUGGGUCUUGUGGAGAACUGCUUUCGUGGUUUUCAAGGUAGAUGAUGGACAGAAAAGUGCUGACCACGUGCCCUUGGCUACAUUCUGGUGCCUUCUGGUGCCAAGUUGUGCUGAAGGUUUGUUAGCAAUAAAAUACCUAUUGGACAGAUAUUCAUUAAGUUCACUGAUGCCAAAUGAACGGGGACUGGAUUUCCAAAGAGAUUUUUAGUGAAAAUAUUGUCUAACUUCCCAGACUGACCACCCUUACAAAGGCUGGGAGUUGAAAUUAAUGACACUAUGAGCUACACUGUUAUUUACAGGUCAUUUAGAUAAGUGAAUUGUCCUUUAUCAGCACUUGCUCCAGUCAUUUUGGUGACAAAUGCUGACACAACAGGUUAGUACCUAACCAGCUGCCAAGUUAGUACUUAACUAGCGUUUAUUCGUUUGGAGUUAGUAACCUUUUCUUAGUUGAUUGAUUGCUACUUAUAUAGCACUUUUUAAAAAUUUUAUUUUGUAAAGCAUAAAAUAAGGCAAAUACCUAGAUAGAUACAGAUGUAAAAUUACUUCUGACUGAGAUGCAAUUGAUAGCUCUUUAACAAUAAGGCAGGUAAGAGCAUUUUAUGUGGAUAAUAACAAAUGGUGAUUUCACAAAAUUAAGAAGUUAUAAAAAACACGUUUUUUAAUAGCUCAGGGUCGGGUUUUCUUUAUUGCUAACUUAUUCAUUUGUUGAAUUACGCUUAUACAAAGAACCCGGGGGUUUGCAAUUUUUUUUUUUUUUUUUUUUUUUUUUUUUUUUUUUUUUUUUUUU